AUGGUCAUCAUCACCCUCGCAGCGUACCUCAUCCCUGAUCCGCCCCAUCCACUCGCGGAGGACCGUUGCGGCUUCGCCUUCUGCGAGGUGUGCAUGAAGGAGGCCCCUUACACUUGCUCGGCGUGCCGGACCACUCGAUACUGCUCGCCUCGGUGCCAGGGCGCGGACUGGCGCGUGCACCGGCAGUCGUGCAAGAUCCACCAGAAGCUGAACGAAAUGAACACCCGAAUCGCCCUGACCCCGCCCAAGCGGCCGCCGCUCGGUCAGUGCACCGGCUGCAACACCAAGGUCGGCGGCGAGGGGCGCCGUCUCGCUCUGUGCAAAGACUGUGGCUACCAGGCGUGCGGCUCGUGCGAGCCCCACUACUCCAGAGGGACGUGCUACUGCCCAAACUCGAACUUUGGCAAGAAGUACUGCCAGAUGGAGCCGCGCUGGUACCACACAAACGGCCGCGGACGGGAAUACGCGGGCGACCGCCACCCCGAGACGCAGGGCCAGCCGUACCCGGGCGACAUGUACGAGCGCGACCGACGCGCGUGCGACAAUUGCGGGCUCCUUACGAGGGUCUUCAAGAAGGAAUACCGCGACCCGUGGGUGUGGCACUGA